UAGACCUGCUAGAUACUAUAAUUUUGUUAAGCCUUGGUCGUAUUCCUUAUCCAGGUUGCCAGGUUGCAAUCACGGGACUCCAUGGCUUCUGAGUUGAAGUGGGUUGAAGGAAUUAGCAUUGGCAGUGUCAUCGAGAGAAAAUUUAGGAGGUAAAGGAUGUUGGAGUUGGUGUCAGCUUUGAGAAGUAUGUGGACGUUUUUGCAUGGUUUCAUUACCCGCUAUCAAUUAGGGGGAAUCACUGUGGAAACAAGCUCACUAGUUCAAGCCGUAGUUCUUGAUGUUGCCGUGGCAGAACGCCUAGUUGAUUUAUCUCUAAAGCCAGAAUUUUUUGGUGAAUCCAGAGGAAGAAGUUUAAAAGGCCAAUCUCAUAAGAAACGCAGAAAAGAACCAUCCUUGGACUUGGAAAUGCAUCAAACAGUAACUGCAAUUGUGGAAAUUGUGAAAGAGAAUUACUUGGUCCUCUCAGUACCAGAAUGUGAUCAUGCCGUAGGAUAUGCAUCGUUAUCUGAGUAUAACAGCCAAAAGUUCCCUCAGAAACAAUUUCUGAAAGGGCAAAGCGUCAUUGCCACUGUUAUGGCUCGUCCAAGCCCUUCAACGUUUGGGAGGUUGCCUUUAUUUCUUAAUAAGAUGAGUCAGGCCAGUGAGACAUCCUGUUCAAAAAGAGAGUACAGAAAGAAGUCUAGCUUUAAAAUGGGAUCACUGGUUCAUGCGGAGGUAGAUAAUUCAGAGUAUUUUGUGAUAUUCUAA